CGAGAACUACUGUUGGGGGUCAUUCUCGGAGCUGCACGCCCAACUCAAAAACAUUCACUCACUACAUAUAUAACGUUCAUGUUAGCGCACUAAUGGAAUGAUAUAGCUACUGUGCCCAAGCUCAGUCGGUGAGGAGAUUACAUGUACGCUCCUGUGUCAGUUGAGUUGCACACGCCGUGACGCGAAUUCAGUCUUGGCCCGUCACUUUUACCGACUACAAUCAAACAAUGCCCACUAACUACUGCCAAACCCCCACUAUGGAAGCAGCUGUGCAGCAGGCCGAGGAGCUGAAAGACCUUCGCGAGACACGCAGGCUCGAAGAGGAUGCUAUUCGCCGGCGAUACAUGUCUUUGAUCAAAGCCACAAGAGACGUAUCGGAGUACAUCAAACUCAACGACGAAAAGGUCACUAGAAUAGAGGCACUGGCCUCCAGAUACAAAGGAUUGGAGGCCGACCUGGCCGAAAGCCAUAAACGAGCUAAUGAUCUAACCGCGCUACAUCAUCAGCAAGUCUCGAGUUCGCCGGCACCUGCACCCACCUCAUUCAGCCAUGACAAUAACACAGAUCAAGGUCCAAGGAACGAGGAAACCGAGGAACAGGCAAGUCUCAGGGACAUACCAGCUAGCCAAUCGCGGCCAUCCACAGAGGUACGACGAGAAAUCUCCCGUAGUCAGCAUCAAUUAAUUCUCAGGAUCCAGAGCAUUCACGGCCACCAGAAGCGAAAAGCAUCGUUUGAAGUUUCAAAGGACGUCAAACGGUCCCGGCCUGACUGUUUGGCAGAUACUCACGGGACUGCCGUUACUGACCCAGCAGCAUCCACUGCAGCACCACAACCCAGCCAGCAACAAGCCCCGUCCACAGCACAAGAAAUCUCCUAUGCUGAAGUACGCCGGCGUGCUACCGAAGAUGGACAUUGGGACUCCAUCAUGGAAUAUCCUCCUCGCGGAAAGGCUUGGUACAUCCUUUACUGUCAAGAUCACCAUGUGCACUUUAAGCAAUCUGCCAUCCGUGCUGCGGCCAAACAUCUCAACUCGUCGGCCCACAACUUCCCCAACCGGAACAGUUUGCCUGCCAUAGCGGCACUUGGGUUUCGCAUCCCUGACUGUACGCCUGAACUAGCCUCAAAAUACAAUAGAGAUGUCGAGACUGCAUAUAAAUGUGGAUACGAGCCAGCCAAUGCCACCAAGUACUCUGGAAAGAAAGUCAAGUAUCCUUUCGAGGGACAAGGGGAUCACCCUGAUCAACACGAUUCAACACGGCCAGAACCAAGACUGAUACCAAAGGCAAACAAUGGCUCGUCAUCUGGCCUUGCAUUGGAGCCGGCGCCAACCCAGCACUUGGUCGCCAAUCCAAAGACUUUCCACAUAUACUACUCCGAGUUUCCGGAAGACGUGGACGGCGAAAGAAUCAUCACCUACUGGCCGGUCAUCAUUCUAGGCUGGGAUGACCUCAGACCGGGCAAAAUCCCAAAUGAUACAUCCAACAUAAACAUACAGUGGAAUACCUUGCACGAAACCGGCCUGCUCAGAGACGAGAACAAGCCUCCCAGAUGCUAUGAAUAUGGUGAUCAAGGAAUCCUUGGAUGGGCGGCUGGCUACGACGAUAGUAGCAGCGCGAUAAAACUCAGAAAUCGAAAGUUUCCAGUCAUGUAUUUCGACGACUUCAGGUCCUUUGGCUGGGUAUCUGCAACGUGGCUGUCCAAGUUCGGCUUAGAGAGGAGAGGGCCGCCAAAAAGGCGAGGAUAUUCAGAAAUAGCUUUCCAUGAAGCACGGGAGUUUGUUGCUAAAAGGGAAGGGUUUGCCGACUGGGGCGAAAGAGAGCGAGCAAGGAAGAAUGGGACUUUAGCUCGCUGGACGCCUCGUGUUGAGCAACCGUCUUCCCGCGCAGACUCGAGGACUAACACCACAAACCCUACUCGAAGCUCCGACAAAGACAAGUCAGGCUCGCUGGAGCCAGUGUGUUCUGAUGACGAGCUCCGGGCACUGAAGGAGAACGCAGUAGAAAUACCUGGAGACGACGAUUACAAGGAUUUGGACGACGAUGACCCUGGCGAGGAUGGCGAGGAUACUGAUACUGAUGCUGAUAUUGAUGCGGACGUGAUGCCGAACCUUGAGAAAACAGAGUGGCCCUCAAAUCACAGCGCACAAAGCGAGGAUAGGGCAAGCUCGGUGCCAGAGGACCUCCAUGUUACUCGCCCGUCACCUCGAGAACCAACGAUACCUCCAAUGCCGCCUAAAACAAACGAGCAGACGCUCGAACCUCGAGCCCCCACGCCAGUGACGGCCAUCGGCCCGACGCGCAAAUUCACUGCAAAACGGACAGGAAUGUCUCAAUUUAGGGCAUCGCUACCGCCUCGGCCAAUAAAGUCGGCUAGCGCUCUUCCGCCACUUGAGUCUAUAGCAUCGCUACCGCCGCGUCCAUUGGCACCGGUUGCGGGUCCCUCGCCUCUUGAAUUGCUAAAGCAACCGACUGCACAGGCGUCGAUCAGUGACAAGAACCCGACAGCUGAAGAAUCGGGUCAGCCUAUUAUCACACGCGUAACUCAUACAAUCAAUCUGCCACGGACUGCAGCGACUACUCCACCAGUAGCUUCUAAUGAACUCACAGGCCCGCACCGCUUCGAGGUAUGCGAGUAUGAUAGUGAUGGGUACCACUGGAAAAGAUCAAGUUGUACAGAAAACGGGAUCAGACUUUUUCAAGUGGAGGACGGAAAAGGACUGCAGUCUUCGCCUGGAUGUCCGGUGAAUGUCAGGAUCGAUGCGGCCGAAUGGGGAGCGCUUAGCAACAAGUCCAUAACCGGAAAUUGUAUAGUCACAAUUACCCGCACAGAUGGCACUAAAUCAAUCAAGAUGAUAUUCGAUCGUAAGGAUGGGGAUGAUACGGUCAAAAGAGGACGACAGCAGGCCAGAGACUUUGUAAGCUGGCUACGGGGCGAGCGGAAGAAGUUGAAUUUGACGCUCGACGCUUCCUUGGGUUGACGGGAUGCUUUUCAAGGAACUUUGGGAAUGGUCCUACCGUUGGCAACAUUGGGGGGGGGGGGGG